UUCAUUUCGAUCUCCAUCCCCCAGACAACCACGAAUCUACUUUCUGACUCUAUAACUUUGCCUAAUCUGGACAUAUCAUAUAAAUGAAAUCUGACAAUAUAUGGUCUUUUAUGUCUGGCUUGUUUUACUCAGCAUAAGGCUGUAGUGUAUAUGGGUAGCUCAUUCCUUUUUAUUGCCAAAUAGAAUUCCAGUAUAUGGAUGUGCCACCUUUCUUUAUUCACUCACCAGCUGAUGGGCUGCCAGGUGAUAUUUCCACUGUUGGCGACUAUGACCAACACUGCUGGGAACAUUUAGGACUGAGUCUUUAAGUGGACCUGAGUUUCCACUUCUCUUAAGUAAAUACCUACGGUGGAAUUGUUGGAUCGCAUGGUGAAUGUAUGUUUAACUUUUUAAGCAACUGCCACCUGCUUUCCAAAGCGGGGGCACCACCUCCCAUUAUUCUCACCAGCAGCGAAUGAGGCCCCUGUUUCUCCACAUUCUCGCCAACCAUAGGCAUUGUCUGACUUUUUGCUUGUGGCCAUUCUAGUGGGUGUGAAAUCAUAUCUCAUCGUGCCCCGUGAUUGUUUGAAUGAACUAAGAGAUCACCCGUGAAACUGGACAGCACUUGGGUUUGAACCCUGGUGGUGACAUUUCACAAGCUGUAUCACCUGGAACAAGUGACUUCACCACGGUGAGGGACAAGGAUAUGACAUAAAAGCGUUGCUCUAGAAGCAAAGUGUCUGCUACGGAUUAUGUGCCCACGAAAAGGCAGCUGCUGUCAUCAUCGCCACCACUGCUAUUAUUAUUAUUAUUAUUAUUAUUGUUAUUAUUAUUAUUAUUAUCACCCCAGAGAUAAUCCUGAACCAAUGACAGGGAAAAUAGCAGCUGGCAUCAGCUGCCCACUCACCACCACAUGCCAGGCUCCCGUCAAAGCAUUCGACAUGUAUUAGUAGUCUUUUAAUCUACCUACAUAUUGUUUUAAUUUACAUGUGUUAAUGCGUUGAUCUAUGAGAUGACUACCAUGACGAGCUCUGUUCUGUAGGGGAGAAAGCAGAGACGUGGAGAAUUUGUCAUUUCCCCCAAAUCACAAAGUCGGAAAGGAACAGACCUCACGGAGCUCGCUCUCUGUCAUUGCAUCACACUUCCUGCCCUUACAAGGCAAAUUGGAUAAGUGCCAUUCUAGAGAAGCAGACAAAAUUCAAGUGGAGAAGAGGGGAGGGGAAGACGUUGGCUGGGGCCUGUUUAGAGCAUCCCAGCUGAGGCUGCAUGAGAAGGGAGGCACGCAGUUGUGGAAUUUGCUCCCCUUUUUGCAUACCGACCAGCCCUGGCAACGGAGCUCAAGGCAUCUUUGUGCCACUGCUCAACAGUGAGUGACGUCAUGGGCACGACCAGGUCUUUAUCAGUUCUGCUGGAUAAAUAGCCAACCGCACUAGGUCCGGAGAGACAGCAAGGUGCUGUGCGGCGGAGCAUUUGGGUCUCAAAGCAGCAGUGGCCACCACCAUGGGUGCAGGCCCCGACCAGUCCUAUUUCUCCGGCAAUCACUGGUUCGUCUUCUCGGUGUACCUCCUCACCUUCCUGGUGGGGCUCCCCCUCAACCUGCUGGCCCUGGUGGUCUUCGUGGGCAAGCUGCGGCGCUGCCCGGUGGCCGUGGAUGUGCUCCUGCUCAACCUGACCGCCUCGGACCUGCUCCUGCUGCUGUUCCUGCCCUUCCGCAUGGUGGAGGCGGCCAGUGGCAUGCGCUGGCCCCUGCCCUUCAUCCUCUGCCCGCUCUCUGGAUUCAUCUUCUUCACCACCGUCUAUCUCACUGCCCUCUUCCUGGCCGCUGUGAGUGUUGAGCGCUUCCUGAGCGUGGCCUACCCACUAUGGUACAAGACCCGGCCGAGGCUGGGACAGGCGGGUCUGGUGAGUGUGGCCUGCUGGCUGUUGGCCUCUGCUCACUGCAGCGUGGUCUACAUUGUGGAAUUCUCGGGGGACACCUCCCACAGCCAGAGCAUCAAUGGGACCUGCUACCUGGAGUUCCGGAAGGACCAGCUAGCCUUCCUCCUGCCCGUACGGCUAGAGAUGGCCGUGGUCCUCUUUGUGGUCCCCCUGAUCAUCACCAGCUACUGCUACAGCCGCCUGGUGUGGAUCCUCGGCAGAGGGGGCAGCCACCGCCGGCAGAGGAGGGUGGCGGGGCUGGUGGCAGCCACACUGCUCAACUUCCUUGUCUGCUUUGGGCCCUACAACAUGUCCCACGUUGUGGGCUAUAUCUGCGGUGUAAGCCCGGCAUGGAGGACCUACGUGAUGCUUCUCAGCACCCUGAACUCCUGUGUUGACCCCUUUGUCUUCUACUUCUCCUCCUCCAGAUUCCAAGCCGACUUUCAUGAGCUGCUGAGGAGGCUGUGUGGGCUCUGGGGCCAGUGGCAGCAGGAGAGCAGCGUGGAGCUGAAUGAGCAGAAGGGAGGGGAGGGGAAGAGAGAGGACCGUCCAGCUGAAGGAAAGAGCAGUGAACACUCACUGGGCUCUGGAACUGGUGGCCAGGUGGCCUGUGCCAAAAGCUAGGUCCUCUGCAGCAGGAGGGUGUAGCUGGCAUGUCAUCCUCAGGGCACUUUCUCGCUCACGCCAGGGACUUGGAGUGGCGAGCUGGGGCCCGAUGGGGCUUGGGGGCAGAAUUGACAUCUAGCCUUCCUAAGGGUGUGCGCACUAAAGCCCAGCUCUCUAUCUCACCUCCAUCCCCAUCCACCCACACACCAUGGAUUGGGCUCUGGAAAGGGGUCAGGGUGAGAGGCUGCUCUGGAGAACAAUGAGGUUCUCGUAGCAGCAGGCAGCUCUUGUGCUUUUUUGAGGGUGGCAGAGGAGCUAAGAGCAGUGCCCAGGGUCUGAGGGGGCUGCCCAGUGAGUGACAGGGGCAGGAGAGGGAAGAACCCUAUCCUCAGAGCUGCUCCUAGCCAGCGAGUCAGGAGCGGGGGAGACAGGGCGCCAGGAAUGAGGCCACAUUCUGCUCCCACAGUGCCUUUUUCAGAAAGUUCCCAUUGCUCAAUAAAUCUGGAUCAUCAGAGUCAUUUAUGAACAAUGACAGAAGAAAAAUUACCCAAAUAAAUGUGGAAGCAAGCAAAAGAGAA